UGGCUUAUAGUGCUCAAAUGUUUAUGCUGUACAGGGUGUCCACAAAGUCUGGGUACAUAGAGUAAAUAGAAUCAUAACAUAAACAAUUAAAUGUGAGAAAUUAUAAUUUCUUAAAGUAUGUGUUAAUCCCCAUGUACCCAGACUUUGUGGACACCCCGUAUAUUAUUAGCCCACUCUCUCCAUCAAAUUGUCAUUGCCUGUACAGGUGCACGCUGUGCCACAGUCAGACGUCUGAGUGAUCGCAGAAUAACGUGAGAUGAAGUGAGUUGCUCAAGAACACAAUGCACCGCCCAGUCCUGGAAUCGAACUCACGAUCUCGCGAUCGUAACAACUUAACCACUAGACCGCGCACCUUCACACACACAGACACUCAUACAUACACAUGAGUUAUGUGUAAUUCGGAUAUCCACUCCGUAUAUUAAUGUUAUGUAUGUGAGUGUGUGUGUAUUUGAGGGAGAGAGAGAGAAACAACGAAGUGGGCAGGUCGUUAAGCCAGUUGUCUCCCAUGUUUCUGAGAUUUAUCUUUUUCUGUACAGACUGUAGAACUGUGCAAGUUACUUGGAGAUACAACGGAAACGUUUUAAAUGAAUUACCAUCUCCAUGGUGUCAAACAGUCUCCGCAUUUUGGUGUAUUUUUACCAGGUAAAUGCAUUGGUAUGCUUGCAGUUAUUCUGUGGUGAUAGCAGUUUCUCAUCAUUUCCAUGGAAUUUGUGGCAGUUAUCAUCUUCAGUUCUGUGAUGGCAGCACCACUUGACCAAACUCACUUCUCUUAAGUUUUAAUCGUUUUUGCACAAAACAUUAUUAUGAUGUGCAGAUUUUGCCCCCAGAAGCAGCAACAGCAACAACAAAAAUAUGUUUGCACAAAAUUCUUGAGUGCAUUUAAACCUGAAAGUAUUAAGAUGGUUUUGGCAUCUAUUUCAUAAAUGCAAAAAAGAAAGAAAAGAGAUUUAAGUAUGCAUACAGUAUAUAAAGUAUGUUACUUUAGGGUUUUGAUGAUGGAUGGUGCCUGUGAACCAGCCAUGCAUCACUUUUGAACAAAUGUAGCUUUUGCAUAUGUGUUUGUUUCCUUUGCAUGCUGGUUGCAUAUUUGCAUUUGCACACAGAGGAAACAGAACAUUGCAUAGCUAUUUUCCACAGUGACAAUAACUUCAAAGCAACAAAUUCAUUUAUUUAUAUAUUUUUAUCAUUGUUUCAUUCCUGAAAAUUUGUUCCUUUUAAACCAUUUACACACACACACACACACACACACACACACACACAUCAUCAUCGUCGUUUAACGUCCGCUUUCCAUGCUAGUAUGGGUUGGACGAUUUGACUGAGGACUGGUGAAACCAGAUGGCUACACCAGGCUCCAAUCUGAUUUGGCGAAAAAGAAGCACACUCUAAAGAUAGAGCUGUAAUGUAUUUAUAUGCAAUUAAAUAUAUGUCUGGUCAUAGAGUGACCAAUGGUUUUGCAUCCAUGAAGCACUUAGCUUUAUAGACAACUCGUCAGGCUCUAAUGGCGGAGGGCAUAUGACCUCUCAUCAAACUGGAGGGAGGAAACUGUGUAUAUAUAUAUAUAUAUAUAUAUAUAUAUAUAUAUAUAUACAUACAUACUUACAUAUACCUUUCAGCUUGAAAAAUACCCGUCAUCAUGCAGGCCAAAUGUGAAAUAUGUCACAAAGAAUUCUCUCAGAAAAUCUAUUUGAGAGUACAUAUGAAAAUGCAUACUGGGGCAAAACCAUACCAAUGUGAGGUUUGUGGCAAGGAGUAUGCUAAGAAUGCUCAUCUUAAAAGACAUGUUGAGACUCACACUACCAGGAAAAUUCAUCACUGCGAUGAGUGUGGCAAGAAUUUUACUGUACAAGCUCAGUAUGAAAUGCAUGUGAGGAGACACAAUGGAGAAAAACCAUUUUGUUGCAAGAUGUGUACCAAGGAUUUUGCAACUAAUUACCACCUGAAAAGACACAUUGCUAUACAUUUAGGGCUGAAACCAUACCAUUGUGAUAUUUGUAGUAAAGACUUUACAACGAAACCUCAGCUAGUUACACACAUCAGGACACACACGGGAGAUAAACCUUUUGGCUGUGAAAAGUGUGAUAAGAAAUUUUAUAAUAAAUCUCAUUUAACAAGACACAUCAAAACUCAUUUAGGUGUGAAGCCUUUUCCUUGUGGAGUUUGUGGAAAGAGUUUUUCUAUUAAAUCUUUAUUGGAAAUGCAUUGUAGAACGCAUUCAGGCGUGAAACCGUUUCAUUGUGAUAUCUGUGGGAAAGACUUUUCUCAUAAAUCCAGCUUAGAAGUCCAUAACAAAUCACAUACUGGUGAUAAACCCUUUACCUGUGACAUUUGCGGGAAAGGGUUUGCUUCGAAGAGUUUCCUAAGGAAACAUGUCCGAAGACACACAGCUGUGAAGCAGUUUCACUGUGAAGUCUGUGGCAAAGAUUUUCUGCAGAAAAAUAAUUUGGAAAUACACAUGAGGAGACACACAGGUGAAAAACCUUUUGUUUGUGAUAUGUGUGGCAAAGAAUUUGCUCAGAAUUUCCAGCUGAAAGGGCAUAUGAGAAUCCACAGUGGAGAGAAACCAUUCACUUGUCAGAUUUGUGACAAAGAAUUUGUUCAAAACUUCCACUUACAGGGUCACAUGAGAAUGCAUCUGAGAGAGAAGAAUUUGCAAUGCAAAGUAUGUGAGAAAACCUUUUCUGAAAAUUUCCACUUGAAAAGACACAUUCGAACACAUACCGGAGAAAAACCCUACCUGUGUGAGUUGUGUGGGAAGGGGUUUUCUGACAAUUAUCACCUGAAACGACACAUUCGGAUACACACGGGAGAGAAACCUUUCCAAUGUGACAUUUGUGAAAAGCAGUAUGCUGAGAAAAGCUUGUUGAAAAAACACAUCAAAACACACACACUGGAAAAUAUUUUCCAUUGUCAGGUCUGCGGUGAAGACUUCUUCGAUUACUUUCAUCUAAAGAUUCAUUUGGAAUCACACAUUGCUUAAACAUUCAAUUACAUCUGGAACCAAGAACUGGGAUCAUUGUCACAAUGAAGCUGUUAUUGUUGUGGGUAUAUUUAUUGUUUUGUUGACACAUGUGGACACAGUAAAGACCUUAUGCCAAAUUACAUUACUUCAAACUGGAGGCUUUACUAUAAUUAGUUUAGUACCUCACAUAAAUAACCACAAGUGAUAUACUGUCAGGGGAGAUAAUACAAGAGGCUCAAUUUAAUCAACCAUGCUGAAUAUAUAAUAAUUAAAAAAAUCAUCUUGAAGACCUUGUCCAAUGAAGUUUCUGCUUGUCGGUGUGUUAGCAGUGGACUGACUAACUGUUUGACUGUAUCUAUCUUUCUUGUUACUAUAUUGUUCAGUGUUCAAAUCCUGCCAAAGUGAGAGUCAACUUAACUUUUUAGGGUCUCUAAGAUGAUAUGAAUUGAAUGUCACUAAUAAUCGGAAGUGGGAUGCGGGAUGUGUCAGCUCACUCCGUUAUAACCGUCGUUACAAAAAUUAACUUUUUAUAUCCUCUGCCUCAUCAAAAAGAGAGUGAACUUUGUUGUUUGCCCCCCACCACACCACACCCCCAGCAGAUAUAUCUGGAGAAUGUUGACAGUCUCGUUGAUAGAAAUAUUGGACAACCAACCAACCAACCAGCCGAAAGGGAUCAGCUAUUUGAAUCUUGUUAAUAUUACUGCUGUGUGUAUCUGUAGACAAGACAUUUAACUCUUUCAAGUGGUCCAACCCACUGAACUUUUAAUACGUUUGAAAUAAUUCACCAUUGUAUGUAACAGCAACACUGUAGGACUUUGGCAGGCAAUUUGUAAAUAUUGCUGAGCUGUCCUGAGUUUAGUUCCUUCUGUGGCUACAAAAUAUUGUACAACUUGGUGAAGUGUGAAGUUCGACAAACUGUCUGCCUUGUCGCAGAUACACAACAUCAAACCUAUAUAUUUUCAUGACUGCUCUUUAAUCCAAUGGAGUGAUUCAGAAAUUGCACACACAUGUAAACAUGACCUAAAUAUAGUUGAAAAGUUUUCUUUGCAAUCACAUGAUCCUUGGUUUGAUCCAAGUGUGCUACACCUUGGUUAAAAAAUUAGGAUAAAGUUCCUUGAAUCAUAUAGACUCAUAGCACCAGUUUCCUGGUUUCUGUGAUGUAUAUAUUCCUCACCUGGAUGGGACGCCAGUCCGUCACAUGGUUUCUCAUUUUUGCCAGCUGAGUGGACUGGAGCAAUGUGAAAUGAUGUGUUCUCUGCUCAAGAACACAAUGCAUCGCCCAGUCCAGGAAUUGAAAUCGCAAUCUUACAAUCACAAGUCCUGCAACACUCUAACCACAAAGCCAUGCACUUCCACUGUAAAAACUGUGUAGAAGCCCACCUAAUGAGCUAUACUUGUUCUUGCAUGUUCUGUGUAAUUCUUCAUCCAAUUUAACACCACUACAAGACACUGUUCUCUGUGAACUGCACAUGCAUGCACAUAUUUUGCAACCAAUGCACAAGUGACAUUACUGUGCUUAUGAAAACUGAGUUGACGAAAAUUAUGAUUUCAAAUUUUGGCACAAGGCCAGCAAUUUCAAGCAAGGGAAUAAGUCAAUUACAUCGACCCCAGUGUUCAACCCCGAAAGGAUGAAAGGCAAGGUUGACCUCAGCUGUCUAAAAUAAUGCAAUAAUUAAUAAUUAUUGUUAUGUUAGAUAUGGCCAUGAUUCAGUGGUUAUGAUGUGCACUUCACAACCGCAUCAUUUUGGAUUCCAGCCCAUUGCUUGGCACUUUGGGCAAGUGUCCUCUUCUGUAGCCUUUGGCCAACUGAUACCUUGUGAGUGAAAUUUGGUAAAUGGAAACUGCAUGUUUUUAAACUGGUACUCCAUCAGUUACAACAAUCACUGUUCUGGUAGGUUCGAUCAUCAGAAAUCUAAAGGAUUUGUCCUUUCAUUUAGUGAUUGACAAAGCAUCUACACUAGGAUUCACUCUGUUUACUAAUGGUCUGUGACUGGACAGCAUUGCUUCAACCCUUAUGUUACCAAACUUUUGUUAAAUUAUCCUGCCUUUGUUUCAAUUAAUUUUGAAAAUGAUGGAGAAUUUAAUGAAAUAACUUUUGCCAUUAUUAAGCUGGUGUAUGGAACAUAAAUUAACUAGAAAUUUUAAUGAAAGGUUUUAACUUUAAAACAAGAUGUUUAUAUCAUAGAACCAAGAGGGGUAGUCUCAAGUGGGUUGGUAUCAAAAGGGUUAAAAAGAAAAUGUCUGCAGGACCGUUUGACCUCCUAUGAAUAACAGCCAAAUAUCCCUCAAAUUAUACCUUGCCAUCUUAGAUGAAGGCCACACCAAAAUAAUCAAAACAAAAAAAAAAAAAUUUGACAUGAUGGUCACAGCUGGAAUGUGUAUCAUCAUAAGUCUACUUGAUCGGGCUGAUCUGGGAACUAAACAAUGAUAAACUACUCUCCUAUCAGUAUUAAUGCAUAUUGAUUUUUUUUUUUUGAUAUCUUGAAAUAUUUGUGUCAUAUCAAAGAUUGAGAGAACGCAACAAACCAAAAAGGAAUGAUGAGACUUGACCAGAAACACUGAGGUGAAGUUAAAGAGAACUCAUAAAGAACUAAUGAAAAUGUUGGGUUGAAGUAUAUUUUAUCUCCAUGGCACAAACAGAUGUACCCCUCUUCCCUGCUAAAAAGAAAAACAAAUGAAAAUAUUUUAAAAAUGGUACUACAGUUUGGCACUUGUAAACAUGUCUGUAACAUUUAGAAAACAUGGGGAAAACAACAAUUUUUUCAUGUCUAUUUUUCCAUCUGUUACUUUUAUGACUAGUCAGGUGACAACAGUUUCCAUAGAGACUGUGUGUAGCUGUGUGAUAAGAAGUUUGCUUCCCAACCACAUGGUUCCGGGUUCAGUCCCACUGAAUGGCACCUUGGGCGAGUGUCUUCUGCUUUCACCCCAGGCUGACCAAAGCCUUGUCAAUGGAUUUGGUAUGGAAGAUCAAAGAUGUCUGGCAUAUAUACAUUAUAUGUGUGUGUGUGUGUUUGUUUUUGUUUUGUGUUUGUUCCCCACCACUACUUGACGACUGGUGUUGGUUUGUUCAUGUCCCCAUGACAGCAGUUUUGCAAAAAAAGAGAUUGAUGGAAUAAGUACGAGUCUUAAAAAAUUUUUUUAAAAAAUGUCCUGGGGUCAAUUCAUUCAACUAAAACCUUUCAAGGUGGUGCCCCAGCAUGGGCAAAAUCAAAUGACUGAAACAAGUUGAAAGAAAAAAGACAAAAGAUGGUCAUUUAACAAUCAUAUUCUCAUUGAAGCCAUUUUGUCACAUUGACAUUCCUAUUUUCUAAGAUACCAUCUUGUAUUUAUGACUGAACUUGUCACAGUCCUAUUCUCAUAGAAACAAUCAUAUGACAGUUUUUCCCCCCACCACCACCACCACUCAUAGAAACCAUCUUGCAUUUAUGACUUGUCUUAUGACAGCUUUGUUUCCAUAGAAGCCCAUUUAAUGUUUAUGAUAAACCACAUAGUUAUAUUCAUGUAGAAACCAUCAAAAUUUUAUUACUCGUCACUUGGCUGUUUUGUUCAUAUAGAAACUACCUUAUUUUUAUGAAUGUGUUCACAUGACAAUUUUGUUCUCAAAGAAGCCACCAUACAUAUUUGACUGUGACCAUGUAAUGGUUUCAUUUCCAGAGAAACCAUCCAGUAUUUAUGAGAAUGUUCCCAUAGAAGCAAUCUUAUGUUGAUGACACUGAUGUGUAUGACUGGUUCAUGUACAUGACAAAUGUAUUUUUUUUGUCUAUUCCCUCUCAGCCUCCUCCAAGAGAAGCAUCUUAUGUUUAUGACUGUGAUCAUGUGAUAGUUUUGUUUCCAUAGAAACCAUUGAUAAAAAUGAUUGAUCGCAAGCUGAAAGAAGUGACAUCUUACAGAAAUAUAAUAUAAUAUAAUGUAAUAUAUUAUAUGUCACUGUGAUAUCAUGUGAUAUCCUCUUGAUUACAAAGACGUGAGAAAACACCAUAAGGUCGUGAUAUCAUAGCAAACACAUGAAAACAACAAAAGAAAUAAAAUGAUAUUUAUGAA